UGUUAAAUUAGAGUUAAUCUAUACGUUCAAAAUUGUAAAAAGAUUAUCUUGUUGGUAAUAUUGGUAUUGCAUUUUGUUUCUGUUUUAGAUAUAAGAUAGUUUUAAGUUAACAUUUUACACUAUCUUGAAAUUUUAUUAUUUAGAUAAAGUAAAUUAUUUUGAAAUUUUUUUUGGGGGCAAUGCAUGAGAAAAUCUGUAUAUACUAAAACUGCCCUGGCUUCUUUAUUAACUCUAUAUUCUUUUAGUGGCUUUACAGCUGGUGAAGAAGUGAAGAAGCAGGGUCACAAGAAUACUUCACAAGAAGUAAUGAAAACAUCAAACAAAAAGUUAAAAGAGAAAAUGGAUAGGAUAUGUAAUGCCGAUCCAGAAAAAAAAGCUAAAGAAGCUAAGAAAAAAGCUGAAGAAGAAGCUAUGAGAAAAGCUGAAGGGGAUAAAAAGAAGGCGGAUGAAGCUAAAAAGAAAGCCGAUGAUGCCAAAAAGAAAGCUGAAGAAGAAGCUAUGAAGAAAGCUGAACAAGCUAAAAAGAAAGAAAAUUUAAAGUCAGCAAGUACAAAGCAAAAAGUGGUUGCUAGAACAGUUGAAGCUGAUGGCAUGAAAUCUGUUGCUAAUAGAAACAUCGAAAAUAAAGCAAAAAUUGCUGAUUGUGACGACUCAUACUCGUGCUGUACACAAAAAAGAGGCGUGAAAAUAACUUUUGGCGGUACUGUUGAUGCUCAAGGAUAUGGUAAGGUUUCUGCAGGAGAUAGCGAUAAAUUCAAGCACUACAAUGUUAUGGUAGGAAGAGCAGUAGAUUAUUAUAGUGCAGCUCCAGAGAAGAUUAAAGGCAAUAAUCCCCUUUUCACUGAAGGAAUAGGUAAUAUAGGUGACUAUAGCGAACACAUAGGUGCAGAUGUGGAUGCAAUAUUACACUUAAGAGCAGAAAAUAAAAAUGAAGAUUUGGGCUUAAUUUAUGGUGCUGAUCUACAGUUUAAUAUUCCAGUUACCAAAGGGAAAGUAUCUUCAAGAAACAGAGGUGCGCAUGUAUUCGUUAAUUCAGAAUAUGGUGAUGUAAGAGUUGGUUAUCAAUUUGGUCCUGAAGCACUGAUGAGACUCGAUGCAACAAAAAUUGCAACUGUUGAUGGUGCUGCAGAUAGUAACUGGUUUAGAAGAGUUAACUUAGAAGGAAGUGCUGCAUCGUUUCCAUUCUAUGUAACACCACGCCUUUACACUGAAAGCUUUUCAAAUGAAAGUGAGAAACUUGCUUUUCGUAUGAGUGGAAAGUACAACAAGGGCAUUAUAAAUGCUCUACCAUUUAGAAUUGCUUACUACUCAGCAAGUUAUAUGGGUGCAAGAUUUGGUUUUAGUUAUUCACCACGUUAUGACAGUGAGUUAUUCAUUGUGUCAGAGUUAGGCGAUAUUCAGCCUACUCGUAGUAGCCCUCCUAAAAUACUUCAAUCUGAUGCUCCUCCUGCUACUAUGAGAAAAGCUAGAGGUGAUCAACCUGAUCUAAAUAGCAAAACAAGACAGGCAUUAGAUGAGCAACCUACCUCUGACACAUCUCAACAAUUUAAUGGUUCACAACCUUCUAAAAUGGACAAAUCUGCUCUUGAAGCAUAUCAAAAAUCUCCUCAAGAAGAACUUAUUCAAAAUGAUGGCGUACCUCCACAAACCGAAGGUGGUACUACCGUGGGUCCAAAAUAUGUUGGUCCAAACUAUGAGCAUAUAUUGAGUGCUGGUGUAUCUUAUGAAUAUGACUUCAAUGAAUAUAAAGUUAAAGUUAAAGCUGCUGCAGUUGGGGAAUAUGGCCUCUCAAAAUCACGCAAUAAAGAUAAGCAUAUGUACAGCAAAUAUGUUAAGUAUAAUGAUUUAAUGGGUAUGAACCUUGGUAUCAGCGCUGAUUAUAAGAUUAAUGAAAGUCAAAGUGCGAAAUUUGCUGCAUCUUUUGCACAUUUAGGUAAGUCUGGUCAACCUAAGGGCAUAAAGGAAUUUGUUCCUGCUACGCCGGAAUAUAAAGAUAUUGGUGAUGAAGAUAGAAUAGUAAGAUUAAAGCAGCUUGAUCAAAACACUAUGUACUGGACUGCUGGCGCAGGUUAUCAGUAUGAAAAUAUCUACACAAGCUUAACUUACUUUGGUAGUUACGUGAACGAUAAAGAUGUACUGCAUGAUGUUGCACUUGGUAUUCAGUAUGAUCUAUCUUCCGCGGGAAGCAAAAGCAAAUUUGUUCCCUAUGCAGCUCUGCAUUAUUUCAGAACUGAUGAAAAACAAGAUGCAAAAUAUAAGAUUACUUUACAAGGUAAUAAGGAAGUUUCCCCUAACGCGGGAUUCCUUCUGCUAACUGGCGUGAAGUUUUCUUUCUAAUCACCCCUUCUUUCCUGUAAUCUUAGUACUAAGUGCUAGGAUUACAGGAUUAGUUAACUACCUAGCUAAUUAUUAUAAUAAUUUGAUGUAUUACUGAAAUAGUAUUAUACUAUAUUUAAUAAUGUAUUAAGACUAUUCAAUGCUCGGUGGUUUUAUGGAAGGAAUCUAUUCCUAAAAUAUAAAGCAUUAGAUGAUGCAGCCGAAAGGAAGAAAAUUCAUUACUCAAAGAGUAAUAAUGAAGAAGGGUAUAACCUAGAGAUGACACUGUAUCGAUAUAACACUAUGGGUGUUAAUCUAUUAAAAGGAAGGAUACCUAAUACUGCUAUGUUAUAUGCCUUAAUUUAGUUUGUAAAGAGUACCAUUUAGCUUUGCCUGUUUUGUUAAAAUAUCCUAUCCAUAAUGAUUUACUUGAAGAUGCCAAAAUGAUUUAAAAAAAAUAUAAAGAGCCGAAAGAUCAGUUAACGAGAGAGAUGAAUUUCAACUCCAAG